CAGCAGAGUGGGGAACUCACCACACCAGACCAGACACCAUCUCUCUUCUCUCGUUCGCCAAGUUUUAAUCUUUUGUUGAUAGAGAGCAUAAACCUAGAUUCCACUUUCGCUUGAUCCACCGAUUUUACCAAAUUCAUACAUAGCUGCUCGCUCGAUAUGGCUGGUGGGCAAGUUGAGAAGCGAGUCAAAUACAAGAGCUCUGUCAAGGAUCCAGGAACUUCUGGAUUUCUCAGAAUUAAAGAAGCGAUGUUGCUCUUCGUCCCUGAUGAUCCCAAAUCGGAUUCAAAGCUCAAAGUGCAGACUCAGAACAUCAAAAGUCAAAAAUAUACCAAAGAAGGAUCACAGAAACCUGCUUGGCUCAAUCUGACAAACAAGCAGGGAAGGAGUCAUAUCUUUGAGUUUGGAAAUUAUCCCGAUAUGCAUGCUUGCCGUGAUUUCAUCACCAAAGCACUUGCUAAAUGUGAAGAGGAGCCUAAUAAACCAGCUGUCCCGGCAUCUACUGAGCAACUUAGUAUUAGAGAAUUGGAGCUACGCUUCAAGCUUCUUAAAGAAAAUAGUGAGCUGCAGAGAUUGCAUAAGCAAUUCGUUGAAAGUAAAGUCUUGACAGAAGAUGAAUUCUGGGCUACAAGGAAGAAAUUACUUGGUAAAGAUUCCAUCCGAAAGUCAAAACAGCAGCUCGGGCUUAAGAGCAUGAUGGUUUCUGGCAUCAAACCAUCUACUGAUGGACGGACUAAUAGAGUGACGUUUAACUUGACUCCGGAGAUAAUUUUUCAGUCACAGGUGGUGAUAUAUUGGGUCAGAAAUCCAUUGAUAGGUGUUCAGGUUGCAUCAUGUGCUUUAACUUACAGAGCCCCAUGUGAGACUAUUUUUGCUGAGAAGCCUGCUGUUAGGCAGGCAUUCAUCAGUUAUGUUCCAAGUAAGAUGACAGAAAAAGACUUCUGGACAAAAUAUUUUAGAGCAGAAUAUCUUUACAGCACCAAAAAUACAGCAGUAGCUGCCGCAGAAGCUGCUGAGGAUGAGGAACUCGCUGUCUUUCUGAAGCCUGAUGAGAUAUUGGCUCGGGAAACUCGUCAAAAGAUUAGACGGGUUGAUCCAACUCUUGACAUGGAGGCUGAUGAGGGAGACGACUACACUCAUCUUAUGGACCACGGGAUCCAGCGUGAUGGAACCAGGGAUGUUGUUGAACCACAGAAUGAGCAGUUUAAACGAUCACUUUUGCAAGAUCUUAAUCGUCAUGCUGCUGUUGUAUUGGAAGGCAGAAGCAUUGAUGUUGAUUCAGAAGAUACGAGGAUUGUUGCAGAGGCUCUCACACGGGUUAAACAAGUAAGCAAAGCUGAUGGCGAAACCGGCAAGGACGCUAAUCAGGAGAGAUUGGAGAGGAUGUCCCGGGUAGCAGGAAUGGAGGAUCUUCAAGCACCACAAAACUUCCCGCUAGCCCCGCUUUCUAUCAAGGAUCCUCGUGAUUACUUUGAAUCUCAACAAGGAAACGUUCUCAAUGCACCCAGAGGAACAAAGGGAUUGAAGAGAAAUGUCCAUGAAGCUUUUGGAUUACUAAAAGAAUCCAUUGUGGAGAUCAGAGCUAGAGGAUUAAGUGAUCCGUUAAUUAAGCCUGAAGUUUCCUUCGAGGUUUUCAGUUCGUUAACCCGAACUAUCUCAACUGCCAAAAAUAUUAUUGGGAAGAACCCACGAGAGAGCUUUCUAGACAGACUACCAAAGUCCACUAAGGAUGAAGUUCUACACCAUUGGACAUCAAUACAAGAAUUACUGAGACAUUUUUGGUCAUCUUAUCCUAUAACAACCACAUAUCUUCAUACCAAGGUUGGUAAACUUAAGGAUGCAAUGUCCAAUACUUAUUCAAAACUCGAGGCAAUGAAAGAGUCGGUGCAAUCUGAUCUCCGCCAUCAGAUUUCUCUGCUGGUUCGUCCAAUGCAACAGGCUCUUGACGCUGCGUUCCAACACUACGAAGCAGAUCUGCAGAGAAGAACAGCUAAGAGCAGCGGCGGCGAAAGACCAAACGGGUAUGUAUAGAAGACCAAAGAAAAUCUCUGAAAGAUCUAAAUUGUUUAAUCAGCGGUUAGUUGGUGUUUUUUGAGAUUUCAUUUGUCUGCUUUUUGUCUGACCAUUGAGAUACAAAAAAGUCGUUUACAUAGUAUCUUUUUUGUGUUGUCAAUGAGUCGUUUUUAUUGUUAGGAGACGAUUUUUGUGUUGUCAAUGAGUCGUUUUUAUUGUUAGGAGA